AAUAUAAAGGAAAACAUGUUGAGAAAAUUAAUGGAAACUGAAGAAAACCGUGAAAACUAUUGGGAAGAAUUGCAGACAGAAGAAGCUUCACGCAGCAGCCGAAGAAUACAAAGAGUCUUUCAACAAGUCGAAGAAGUCGUUGAAGAAAUCCCCCGGAAGAAAUCGAAAGCAAAGAUGCAGUCAGCCGAGAGCAGCAGCAGCAGCAGCAGUAGAAACCGCAACCGAUCGUCGUACCACACACUCCGCAUGGGUUCCCUGCUCAUUGCCUCGCUGGCCAUUCUCCUGGUGAUGCUACCCGGACAGGUGGCCGGCCGGAUGGCCUUUGAGAAGCUGACAGACUUUGAUUUUCCCGGCAACACGUACUACAGCGUAAAGAACCUGUCGCUAUACGAAUGCCAGGGUUGGUGCCGCGAGGAGCCCGAUUGCCAGGCGGCUGCCUUUAGCUUCGUGGUGAAUCCCCUUUCACCCUCGCAGGAGACACACUGCCAGCUGCAGAAUGACUCAUCGGCGGCCAAUCCAUCGGCGGCACCUCAGCGUAGCGCCAACAUGUACUACAUGGUGAAGCUGCAGCUGCGCAGCGAGAACGUUUGCCUGCGUCCCUGGAGCUUCGAGCGGGUGCCCAACAAGGUGAUCCGUGGCCUGGACAAUGCCCUCAUCUAUACCAGCACCAAGGAGGCCUGCCUGUCCGCCUGCCUCAACGAGAAGCGCUUCGUGUGCCGGUCCGUGGAGUAUGACUACAACAACAUGAAGUGUGUGCUCAGCGAUUCGGAUAGACGCAGCUCCGGUCAGUUUGUCCAGCUGGUGGAUGCCCAGGGUACCGAUUACUUUGAGAACCUCUGCCUGAAACCGGCCCAGGCCUGCAAGAAUACCCGAUCAUUUGGCAAUGCCCAGCGCAUGGGUGUCUCCGAGGAGAAGGUGGCCCAGUAUGUGGGUCUGCACUACUACACCGACAAGGAGCUGCAGGUGACCUCCGAGUCUGCUUGCCGCCUGGCCUGCGAGAUUGAGAACGAGUUCCUGUGCCGCUCCUUCCUGUAUCUGGGCCAGCCCCAGGGUGCCCAGUACAACUGCCGGCUGUACCAUCUCGAUCACAAGACCCUGCCCGAUGGUCCGUCCACCUAUUUGAACCAUGAACGCCCGCUGAUCGAUCACGGUGAGCCCAUUGGUCAGUACUUUGAGAAUCAGUGCGAGAAGGCAGCGGGAGCAGGACCUGGCUCUCCUCCGGGCACCCUGGAUAAGAUUGAUACGCUGCCCGUGAGUCUGGACACCAUUGAGGAUCCCAAUCUGACCAAUCUGACGCGCAACGAUGUCAACUGUGACAAGACGGGCACCUGCUAUGAUGUCUCUGUCCACUGCAAGGACACCAGGAUUGCCGUGCAAGUGCGCACCAACAAGCCCUUCAAUGGACGUAUCUAUGCUUUGGGUCGCUCCGAGACCUGUAACAUUGAUGUCAUCAACUCGGAUGCCUUCCGUCUGGAUCUGACCAUGGCUGGACAGGAUUGUAACACGCAGAGUGUGACUGGCGUCUAUUCCAACACCGUGGUCCUGCAGCAUCACAGUGUGGUGAUGACCAAGGCCGACAAGAUCUACAAGGUCAAGUGCACAUAUGACAUGAGCUCCAAGAACAUCACAUUCGGCAUGAUGCCCAUCCGUGAUCCCGAGAUGAUUCACAUCAACUCAUCGCCGGAGGCUCCACCACCAAGGAUCCGCAUUCUGGACACACGCCAGCGGGAAGUGGAGACUGUGCGCAUUGGAGAUCGUCUCAACUUCCGCAUCGAGAUACCCGAAGACACUCCCUAUGGAAUCUUUGCUCGCUCCUGUGUGGCCAUGGCCAAGGAUGCCCGUACCAGCUUCAAGAUCAUCGACGACGAUGGCUGCCCCACCGAUCCCACCAUCUUCCCUGGCUUCACCGCCGAUGGCAAUGCCCUGCAGUCCACAUAUGAGGCCUUUAGGUUCACGGAGAGCUAUGGUGUCAUCUUCCAGUGCAAUGUCAAGUACUGCUUGGGUCCCUGUGAGCCGGCUGUGUGCGAAUGGAAUAUGGAGUCCUUUGAAUCAUUGGGCAGGAGGCGUCGUCGUUCGAUUGAGAGCAACGAGACCAAGAGCGAGGAUGAUAUGAACAUCUCUCAGGAGAUUCUGGUCCUGGACUUUGGCGAUGAGAAGCGUGAGUUCUUCAAGGCGGAUCCCAGCACGGACUUUGCCAAGGACAAGACCGUCACCAUCAUCGAGCCCUGUCCCACAAAGACAUCGGUGCUGGCUUUGGCCGUCACCUGUGCGCUGAUGAUCCUGCUCUACAUCUCCACGCUGUUCUGUUACUACAUGAAGAAGUGGAUGCAGCCGCACAAGAUCGUGGCAUAGGUCUGGGAGCGCGGAACGAGCGGAAACUGAAACAGUAGCUAGCAGAAGAAGGAAACAGUUGCAGUAGAAUGAAAGAAACAAAAACAAAAACAUAACAAACAAAAAAAUAUAUGA